CGCCUGUGCCACAGCGAGCCCGUGCCGCUGCCCCGGGGCUCCGAGCGGGCUGGCUCUGGCUCGGCCGGCUCGUCCCUUCCUCCAGCCCGCCUGGCUCAGCUUGCACCGCGAAGGGGAGGUCUGGCUCUCGGCGUCCUGAUGAAGCCCAGCUAGGGGAGCACGCUGCCGCCUCAGAAAGUUGGAGGAGAAGAAGGAGGGGGAGGAGGAGGAGAAGGUCUGCACAGCGAUGUAGCCCUGAGCGUGGAACGGCAGCCCCUGGAAGGCACUUCAGCUCCUCGCCGCCCUGAUCCUGGAGCAUGGGCUAAAAACUAUGUUCCUCUCCCGUAUGGAAAAUCAUUGUUUCCUGCUGUUUGUGUUUGUCUUCCAAGCAAUAUUUAUCCUGAUCCUCUACCGAAGCGGACCUUCGCGUGUGUUCCGCGGGUUUGUAGAGGCGCCUCAGGUGGUGGUGGUGGAUUACUCGAAGCCCCACGAUGUGUACACAAACCUCAGCUUGUUCACCCGGGCUCCCAGUGAGGACACCAUGCCCUACUGCUCAGCGCAGUCCCCAGUCCUGGUUGGUCCAUUAACCAUCACCUUCAAUGUGCUCCCUAGUGAAAGGAUGAUCAUAAAAAGAAAUCCUUUUGUUCAGUCUGGUGGCCACUACAGGCCACCUCACUGCUUUGCCCGCUACAAAUCCGCCAUCCUCGUGGCCUACAGGAACCAGGAGAAGAAACUCCGCCACCUUCUCUACUACAUCCAUCCCUUCCUGCAGCGCCAGCAGCUCAGCUACACCAUCUACCUGAUCCAGCAGGUAGGGACUGGUUCAUUUAACCGAGCAAAGCUGCUCAAUGUUGGUGUCCGGGAGGCCAUGAAGGAUGAAGAGUGGGACUGCCUUGUCCUGCAUGACAUUGACCUGGUGCCUGAGAAUGAUUAUAACCUGUACAUUUGUGAUGAAUAUUAUCCCAAGCACAUGGCCAGUGCCAUAGAUAAGUUUCAGUACACUCUGCCAUACAAGUCCUUUUUUGGGGGCGUGUCUGCUCUGACUCCAGAACAUUACAUGAAGAUGAAUGGGUUUCCCAACACCUACUGGGGCGAUGGUGGUGAAAAUGAUGACAUUGCUACAAGGAUUCACUUGGCAGGAAUGAAAAUAGUCCGGACAUCCCCUCACAUUGGCCGCUACCGAGUGAUGGACUACAAGGAAGAGACAGAGAUCCCAGAUCCUUGGAGGAGGCCUCCUUCCCAACACAACACCAGAAAAACAUGGAAAGCUGAUGGAAUGAAUACAUUACAGUUCAGGCUCCUUUCCAGGACUAAGCAUCCUCUUUAUACCAAGAUCACUGUGGACAUUGGAUAUGUUCCCCCAUUUUCUUAAGAGACUGAAAACAAAAGCAGAGGUUGGGUGCCACAUGGGCAUUCAGCCAAUCUCUUCCAUUUUCCUGUGGCGUCUGCCCCACCUGAGAUUUACCCUUUUGCCUUUCCCUUUUCUUCAAACUGUUUCAGAUUUAGAAGAGGCUCCAGGAACAGGAUAUGACAGCUACUAAACAGUCUGUGGCUUACUGUAAAAAUAGUCCAAGUCACUGUAAAACUGACCCCUGAGCCAUGUCUGUGACAGUAAGCAAAUCCAAGCUUUCUGGAACCUUUGUUCAGUAGCUGGACAGCUCUGUCCUGCUUUGUACUUAAGUGUUAAUUGGGAUGCAAGCCAUUCUGUCAGAUUGGCCUCUGACAGGUUGUAUUUUGAGAAGGUGUUGAAGCCAUUUACUGUUCUAUAAAUAUCUUUUGUAAAUUUGAGUAUAAAUGGAGUUAUGUGUUUGGCUGAACAGUUUUAUAGAAUACUGAAUGAGAGUGUAAUAAAAGAGAAAGUUGCCCUGAAA